GGCAGCUAUGGAGGCUGUGAUAUUUGGCGACGAGGCGGUGCCUCAGAUGCUUCUUCUCCUCUCCCAGGCCGCGCGGGAUAUCGGCGCUCUGGACCUCUCGUCUCCGCCUGCGAGGAACAAGAACCCGGUCUCCGCGCCAUCGAAAUCCAGGUAUCAUCGCGCAUUGCUCCGAGAAGCGCCAAGAUCCAGCAACAAUGCCCUGGAAGCUAGGCUUCUCCAGGGGGCCUGCUCGGUCUCUCUUAGCAGCAGGGCGGCCCAAGAUCGACCAGAGAGGGAGAUGGAUCCAUCUCCAUCGGCAAGGUCAAAUUCGAAUUUCGAGAAGUACAGGGUCUCUGGCCAGGCUAGAAUCCUCAUGAACAAUCUCACAGUUCUAGAGCGAGCGGCGAUCGGCGCUGCUGCCGGAGGAAUCGCUGGCGCUUUUACCUACGCUUGCCUGCAUCCGCUAGACACGAUCAAGACGCGGCUCCAGACGCGAGGAGCGGCAGAGGCGUACAAAGGCUCGAUCGACGCAGCGGUGAAAAUCCUCCAGAGCAAAGGCCUGGCGGGGUUUUACAGCGGGAUCUCGGCCGUGAUCGUCGGCUCCAUGGUCUCCUCCGCGAUCUACUUUGGAACUUGCGAGUUUGGGAAGUCCUUCCUCUCGAAGGUGGCGAAGUUCCCGCCACUGCUCGUGCCGCCGGUGGCCGGAGCCAUGGGAAACAUCGUCUCGUCGGCCAUCCUCGUUCCAAAGGAGGUGAUCACGCAGAGGAUGCAAGCCGGUGCCAAGGGAAGAUCCUGGAACGUCUUAAUGAGAACUCUGGAGAGGGAUGGACUGAAGGGGCUCUACGUCGGCUACUCGGCAGCUCUGCUCAGGAAUCUACCGUCGGGGGUGAUCAACUUCUCCACCUUCGAGUACCUGAGAGUGGCGUGGCUGCGAGUCUCGGGCCAGGAUAGCUUGGAGCCAUGGCAGAGCGUGAGCUCGGGAGCUCUGGCCGGUGCCAUCGCUGCGGCGCUGACGACCCCGAUGGACGUCGUCAAGACGAGGCUGAUGACGCAAUCGAGAGAGAGGGCGGCGGCGUUCACGUACGAGGGCGUGACGAGAACGCUGGAGAGGAUCUGGAUCGAGGAAGGAUGGGCCGGGGUGACCAGAGGCAUGGGUCCACGGCUGCUCCACAGCGCUUGCUUCUCGGCGAUUGGGUUCUUUGCGUUUGAGACGGCGAGGUUUGAGAUUCUCAAGCGCCAUGUCGCCAACAAGCAAGCGGAGGUGUUGGAAGUGGAAGUCGACGAAAAGAAGUGAAACAAAGUUUUGAGCUCGAGCCUCAGAAAAACUAAAUGGUCAACGGUCAAUGAAAUACUGCUCUUUGGUCAA